UCGUUAGAGGCGACGCGGUGACCGAGGGUUUCAAAGUCCACACUCUGGUGGAGCUGCUAUCAGGUAGUCUGCCGCUCAAACAACAUGACGGAAGGGCGGAAAAGAUCGCAUUGUCUCUUUUCGCGGUGCACCUGAUCAACCACAAGACGGCAAUGUAUGCUCCGAGCCGGCUGCCUACCGCCGAUCAUGGGGACAUUAACGUCAUUCAGAAAAUUGCCAAGUAUACUCCAAUGGUUGGCCAAGAGCGCAAUUUGUUGUUGCCAAAACCACCUCCACAAAUACUACCACCAGACAAGGCGCUUGAUGAUGGUCUCGAGAAAUUCAAGCUCAGCCCCUCGCAGCACAACGCGGUGCUGGACUGCGUUUCAGCAAUGCAUCAAGAUACGUCGUGUUGGGUGCGCCUCAUCUGCGGGCCUCCGGGGACAGGGAAAACCAAGACCAUGGUGGCCCUGUUGUGGUCCAUGAUGAUGAAGAACCACAGGACACUGGCCCUCGCCCCGACCAACACCGCGAUGAUGGAGGUCGCGUCCAGUCUCCUCGCUCUCUUCGAUCGCGAUUCGCCCUUCUCCUGGAGCGACGUGGUGGUGCUUGGCAGCAAGGAUCUUGUCUAUGCCGUGGAUGCAAACCUCAGGGAGAUGUUACUCCAGCGGUGUAUUUCCCGGCUCAAUCAUGUCGAGGACUGGAGCGACCAUUUGAACAACUUGUUACACCUUCUUGAGAAGCCGUGGAGUUUGUAUUGCUCGUACCGUUGGGACGCCAGGAAGGAGUACGAGGAAUGUGAUUGGGAGCUGCAGGGACCAGAGCUCGGGAGGUGGGAUGAGCAAGGAGGGACAGUGUCAUUUACGGAAUUCUUCGUGGACAACUACGAACACUUUGAAGAAUGUCUGCGCCGCUGCCUAAAAGCUUACCGCAACGACCUCCCCCUCCCCGCAAGGUGCGAGCAGAGCUUCCCUUUUAUAGAUGAGCUCCUGCACGCGCUCGAAACUUUGGGGGACCUCCUGCGGGCCGACCCGGAACGGCUGAUGCGAAAGCUCUUCUUCAAGAAGCCGGUGGGGUGGCCGGAGUUUCUGGAAGCAAGAGCCGUGUGCAUCGACAAGCUGAAGCAAUUGCCCGACCACUUUCACGUCCCAACCUCUUAUGACAAAUUCGAAGAGUACAUACUGAACAAUGCUAAGAUCAUACUUUGCACCGCUUGUACCUCGUCCCAGCUGAGCCAGGGCAGGAAACUUGGGGAACUUAAGCCAAUCGACCUUCUUGUUGUUGAUGAGGCGGAGCAGCUGAGGUAGAGUGAGCUGCCGAUGCCUCUGCGGACCGGUGUCCGUUGCGCUGUCCUCAUCGGCGACGAAUCCCAGUUACCGGUCCAAGUCAAAAGAAAGGUUACAGGCCACCUUGGACGCCGACUUCGAGAGAAGCCUGUUCGAGAGGCUUAUAUCCCUUGGACAUCCUAGGCACCUCCUUGACGUGCAGUACAGAAUGCACCCGGGGAUAAGCAAGUUCCCCCUCUCAAGGUUUUACCUCGGCAAGGUGACAGAUGGCCCCAACGUCCUCCAAAGGGAUUACGAGAGGAAGCUCCUGGCUGGCCCAAUGUACGGCCCCUACUCGUUCAUCGACAUCAAAGGCGGGACCGAGAGCUCGGGCGAGCAUGGCAUGAGCCUGAGCAACACGGCCGAGGCAGCCGCCGUGACCCGGAUCGGGGAGAGAUUGUUCAAUGAGUCGGUUCGCUCGGGACAAAAGCUCGCCGUAGGCGUGGUAUCGCCGUACAAGGUGCAAGUCCACGCCAUCCAGGAGAGCCUCGGAAGGCUCGAGUGCUGGGCACAUGGCGGCCGAGAAGGCUUCUCCCUGAAGGUUCAGACCGUGCACGGGUUCCAGGGCGCCGAGGAGGACGUCAUCGUCUUCUCCGCCGUGCACAGCAACAGCCACGGGUCGGUGGGGUUGCUGGCCGACUGGAGGCGCACGAACCUGGCGCUGACCCGGGCAAAGUGAGUGAGAAAAUCUCUUCAGUUCAGUCACAUAAAACAAUUUGGGCCGCUGUAAAACCCUAACGGCGAUCGACAUCAUUGUGUUAUUGUUACGUUCUUCCAUCCGCAAGCACUGCCUUUGGAUCCUGGGCAACUCGGCGACGCUGUUGAGCAGCAAGACGAUCUGGCAAGAGAUAGUGGCCGACGCAAAGGAAAGAGGGUGCUUCUAUGACUGCAACAACGACGAGGACCUUGCGGCCACAAUACGUGACGCCGUGGUCGAUCCGCCGGAUGAAUGAAGUGGACACUGGACAACCUGCUCAACAUGUACAGCAGCUUCGUAUAGGCCGACCAUGAUCUAGGGUACGAAUGAACUGAGUCCUUGUGCUUGUCAAGUUGACAACGAGCCAAUUUCCGAAAGAGACAUCAGAGAUGCAUGGGCUUAACCUGUUGGACCGGUAGUUAGGUUUGUAAGUCUCAGCUUCCUUCCCUGCAGGAAUCCAGGAGGAACUGGAUAUGAAAUUAUGAACGGACAUGCCUGGUAGGGAUGCGGUUGUCUGUCAAUUGUGCGGCAGCCUUAGGAGGCCAACUGCGCGGGGAAAAAUGAUGUUCUGAAAGCCUUGAUACCCGUUGUUCUCUCCUGGAUACUACAUUACUAUUAUCAAGAAAAGUUACUUUCGAUUUUGUUAAA